AUGGGCACUCGGCAGACCAAAGGCAGCCUGGCGGAAAGAGCCAGCCCCAGCGCGGCUCCCGGUCCCCGCCGCGAACGGCCCGACUUCUGGGCGUCGUUGCUGCUGCGAGCCGGUGACAAGGCGGGGCGUGCGGGCGCGGGACUGCCCCCCUACCACCGGCGCGUCAGCAUGGUCCAAGAGCUGCUGCGGAUGAUACGCCAGGGCCGGCGGGAGGAGGCGGGGACGCUGCUGCAGCACCUGCGCCAGGACUUAGGCAUGGAGUCGACCUCGCUGGACGAUGUGCUGUAUCGCUAUGCCAGCUUCCGGAACCUAGUGGACCCUAUCACACACGACCUCAUUAUCAGCCUGGCGCGCUACAUUCAUUGCCCCAAGCCGGAAGGCGAAGCCCUGGGUGCCACGGAGAAGCUGUGCCGGCAGCUGACCUAUCAUCUCAGCCCACACUCACAGUGGAGGCGCCAUCGUGGACUGAGCAAGAGGAAGCCGCAGGCCUGCCUCAAGGCUGUCCUGGGUGGGAGCCCUCCAGACAACACAGUGGACCUCUCUGGCAUCCCCCUCACUUUCCGUGACCUGGAGAGGGUGACCAGCUACCUGCACCGCUGUGGAGAGGAGGUAGACAUUGUGGAGCUGGGCUUUACAGGGCUCACAGAUGACAUGGUGUUGCAGCUGCUGCCAGCACUCAGCACACUGCCCCGCCUCACCACCCUGGCACUCAAUGGCAACUGGCUGACUCGAGCUGUGCUGCGUGACCUCACUGAUGCCCUCAAGGACCCCACCAAGUUCCCCAAUGUCACGUGGAUAGAUCUGGGCAACAACGUGGACAUAUUCUCACUGCCUCAGCCAUUCUUGCUCAGCCUGCGCAAGCGAGCCCCUAAACAAGGCCAUCUCCCCACCAUCCUUGAACUGGGCGAGGGAGCCAACAGUGGAGAGACCCGGGAUGAGACACAAGUGGAUCCUAAAGGGGGCCCUCCAGCUCCCAGUGAUGACCAGGCUUUCCUCCUCGCCAUGGCCCUCACGGAGAACGGCGUCGCGGCUGUUUGGGGAGCCCACAACGUGGCAACCGCGCUGCUUAACGAAGAAACCCUAUGA